AAUCAUACCCUUUUUAACUAAAGCAUCACCUUUUAUGUGGAAAUAAAGGGAGGGAAAUAUCCCUGCAGGAGCAGCAAGGGAAGGAGAGGGCCGGGUGGAACACAGGCUGCUUGCUCAGACGCUGGAGCCCCCCGGGCAGCUUGUGUUUCCAGGCGUUGCAGAUCUGAUUUCAGCCUCAGCCAUGGGCAGGCUAAGGGUUAACAGGAGACUCACCACGUUAACUGUAUCUGUGGAGAUUAUGGCGUGUUUAUCCAGUGUUCAGAUUUCCUGUCUGAGUGUUUGGAUUUCCUGAAAUCCCUGCUAUCAGCCCAAGUGCUGUCCACUGAGCAAACCUUUUCUCUCUCCCCCCUUUUUUCUCCCCCUUCUUUUUUUUUAGCUUUGCUCACAUGGUAGGUUUUCCUUCCUGCUCUCUUUCCAGUUGUAGUGCCUGUGCCUCCUCACCGGUCAGGACAUUUAUGGAUUCAGAUCAGCACUCUUAGACUCCAGAACUCUGGGAAUCGCCGUCCAUUGGAUUUCCUUUUUUAUUAUUCUUAUUUUAUUUCACUUUAUUUUAUCUUUUUGUGGCAAGAAAACCUGAAGAAACAUGCUCUUUUCUCAGCUGCCUAUGGGAGAAUAUGUUUUAGUCUGAGAUGGAAUAAUGGCCUUAGGUUUGAGGACCAAGACUGGAAUGGGAAUUCAGACUGCACGCGUCCUGGUAGGUUUCUGGUUGUGACAGAUGAGACAUGAGAUCUUCAGCUUCCAGGCUUUCAAGUUUUUCUUCAAGAGAUUCACUAUGGAAUCGGAUCAUGCCGGACCAGAUCACCGUGUCGGAGUUCAUCGCCGAGACUACAGAGGAUUACAACUCCCCGACCACCUCCAGCUUCACCACUCGGUUGCAGAACUGCAGAAACACGGUCACGCUGCUGGAAGAGGCAUUGGAUCAAGACAGAACUGCUCUACAGAAGGUGAAAAAAUCUGUGAAAGCAAUAUAUAAUUCGGGGCAAGAUCAUGUCCAAAAUGAAGAAAACUAUGCACAAGUAUUAGAUAAAUUUGGAAGUAAUUUUUUAAGUCGGGAUAAUCCAGAUCUUGGCACAGCUUUUGUAAAGUUUUCCACGCUUACGAAAGAAUUAUCAACGCUGCUGAAGAACCUGCUCCAAGGUUUAAGCCACAAUGUUAUUUUCACUUUGGAUUCUCUCUUAAAAGGAGACCUAAAAGGUGUUAAAGGGGACCUCAAAAAACCUUUUGACAAAGCCUGGAAGGAUUAUGAAACCAAAUUCACGAAAAUUGAAAAGGAAAAAAGAGAACAUGCAAAACAGCAUGGGAUGAUAAGAACUGAAAUAACAGGAGCUGAGAUAGCAGAGGAAAUGGAGAAGGAAAGGCGACUAUUUCAGCUACAGAUGUGUGAAUAUCUUAUUAAGGUUAAUGAAAUAAAGACAAAAAAGGGUGUGGACCUUCUGCAGAACCUGAUUAAGUAUUACCAUGCACAAUGCAAUUUCUUCCAGGAUGGCUUGAAAACAGCUGAUAAACUUAAACAAUAUAUUGAAAAGUUGGCUGCUGACCUGUAUAAUAUAAAGCAGACACAAGAUGAAGAAAAGAAACAACUUACUGCCCUUCGUGAUUUGAUAAAAUCUUCUCUGCAGCUUGAUCAGAAGGAGGAUUCACAGAGCAGGCAAGGAGGAUAUAGUAUGCAUCAGCUGCAGGGGAAUAAGGAAUAUGGUAGUGAGAAGAAAGGUUAUCUUUUAAAGAAGAGUGAUGGGUUAAGGAAAGUAUGGCAAAGAAGAAAGUGCACUGUUAAAAAUGGAAUUCUUACCAUAUCACAUGCAACGUCCAACAGGCAACCAGCUAAACUGAAUUUAUUGACCUGCCAGGUGAAGCCAAACGCUGAAGAUAAGAAGUCUUUUGAUCUAAUAUCACAUAACAGAACAUACCACUUUCAAGCAGAAGAUGAACAGGAAUACGUAGCAUGGAUAUCAGUAUUGACUAACAGCAAAGAAGAAGCAUUAAAUAUGGCAUUCCGUGGAGAGCAGAGCACAGGGGAGAACAGUUUAGAGGAUCUGACAAAAGCCAUUAUUGAUGACAUACAGAGAUUACCCGGAAAUGAAGUCUGUUGUGAUUGUGGCUCACCAGAUCCAACAUGGCUAUCAACUAAUUUGGGCAUUUUAACCUGCAUUGAGUGUUCUGGAAUACACAGAGAAAUGGGUGUCCAUAUUUCUCGAAUCCAGUCUUUGGAAUUAGACAAAUUAGGAACGUCUGAACUCUUGCUGGCCAAGAAUGUAGGAAAUACUAGUUUUAAUGAUAUUAUGGAAGGGAAUUUACCUAGUCCUUCACCUAAACCCACUCCAUCAAGUGAUAUGACUGCACGUAAAGAAUUUAUCACUGCUAAAUAUGUGGAUCAUAAGUUCUCCAGGAAGACUUGUGCAUCUGCAGCAGCUAAACUGAGUGAAUUACUUGAGGCUGUCAAAUCCAGGGAUUUACUUGCACUAAUUCAAGUCUAUGCAGAGGGGGUAGAGCUAAUGGAGCCACUGUUAGAGCCUGGACAGGAGCCAGGUGAAACAGCACUUCAUUUAGCAGUCCGGACUGCUGACCAAACCUCUCUCCAUCUGGUUGACUUCCUUGUACAAAACUGUGGAAACCUGGAUAAGCAAACAGCGCUGGGCAAUACAGUUCUACACUACUGCAGUAUGUAUAAUAAGCCUGAGUGUUUGAAAUUGCUUUUGAGGGGGAAGCCAACUAUUGAUGUAGUCAACCAAGCUGGAGAGACUGCUCUGGACACAGCAAAAAGAGUGAAAGCUGUCCAGUGUGAGGAACUGCUUUCUCAAGCCAAGGCAGGAAAGUUAAACCCACACGUUCAUGUAGAGUACGAAUGGAAUCUUCGGCAGGAAGAGAUUGAUGAAAGCGAUGAUGACUUAGAUGAUAAACCUAGUCCCAUAAAAAAAGAAAGAUCUCCAAGACCCCAAAGUUUCUGUCACUCUUCGAGCAUUUCUCCUCAAGAGAAACUGACUCAUCCUGCAUUUAGCACUCCCAGAGACAAGCAGAGACUCUCCUAUGGAGCUUUUACCAAUCAGAUCUUCGCUUCUACAAGCACAGAUUCACCCACCUCUCCAACUGCUGAUGCUCCUCCUCUUCCUCCUAGGAACGCUGGCAAAGGCCCACCUUCAACCCUCCCUCUAAGCACUCAAACCUCUAGUGGCAGCUCCACUCUUUCCAAGAAGAGACCACCUCCCCCACCCCCAGGACACAAAAGAACCCUCUCUGACCCACCAAGCCCACUACCUCAUGGACCCCAGAAUAAGGGCCCAAUUCCUUGGGGUAAUGAUUUGGGCCCACCUUCAACUAAGGCUGCAAACAAGUUUGAGGGGAUGUCUCAGCAGUCAAGCACUGGGACUGCAAAGACUGCACUUGGCCCUAGAGUUCUUCCCAAACUACCUCAAAAAGUGGCACUAAGAAAAAUAGAAACCAGUCAUCAUCUUUCAAUAGAUAAAUCCCAUCAGCACACGGAAAUGUUUCAGAAGCCCUCACUGUCCAUCGAUAUACCACAGAAACCACAGCCUGGAGACUUGCCCCCAAAGCCUCUGCCUCUGGAAUUAACUCAGAAACCUCAAGUGGUAGAUUUACCCCCAAAGCCUGGAGAACUACCCCCAAAGCCUCAGCUUGGAGACUUGCCACCAAAACCACAACUUGGAGACUUACCUCCAAAGCCGCAAAUGAAGGACCUUCCUCCAAAACCUCAGCUGGGAGAGCUGUUGGCUAAAACCCAAGGUGGAGAAGCAUCACCGAAGCCUCAGCCCUCGGAGGCAAAUCAGAAAUCUCACUCCUUAGAUCUUUCUCCAAACGUACAAUCUAGAGACACCGUCCAAAGGCAAGCAUCUGAAGAGUCUAAUGACAUAACACACGCCCUGCCAGAAACCCCUGUGCCACUGCCCAGGAAAAUUAACAUGGGGAAAAACAAAGUUAGGCGAGUGAAGACCAUUUAUGACUGUCAGGCAGAUAAUGAUGAUGAGCUCACGUUUGUUGAAGGAGAAGUAAUUAUUGUAACUGGUGAAGAGGACCAAGAGUGGUGGAUUGGCCACAUCGAAGGACAGCCAGAGAGGAAAGGGGUCUUCCCAGUGUCCUUUGUGCACAUUCUGUCAGACUAGUAAAAACAAACAAACAAAACCCAUCCUAAACUUGAGCAUUGCACAUUCUUCAUGCAAGACGGGCUUUUUAGCAAAAGCGAACGCUGCUGCCUCCCUGUAAUCCUGUGCACAAUUGUAUAUAUAGCUGCUGUUACAAAUUAAGAGUUCAUUUAAGUUUUCACCUCAUGAGGUUGAAUUAUAUGUAUUGUAAAUAUACUGUGUUAUUCUGCCUUUGCCAGUAUUAUGGUAGCCUUGGAACCUGGCACGCCUUAUUGGGUUUGUUGAAGCCAUCCUCGGCAUCUAGCACUUACAUCUCUGUCUAGGAACUGCCAGCUUUCCAAACAUAGGUGGUUUCUGUCAACCAUGUAACUGUACAGAAAUGACUGUUCCUAAUAACUCGGUAUUCUCAAUAUACAGUUAGCAGAAAGUUAGAAUGAGUGAAUGGUUUUGGAGACUUUAAAAACCAGUCUGCAGUUUCUAAGUGUAUGCAGUUUACAGCUAUGAAACCCACUUCGGUAUUUAUUUAAUAUAGUGCUCAGUUCAGUGUAAUUAUGAAGACAAAUAUUCACUGACUUUACAGAUAACAGUAGGUUUUACUGCGUGCACACAGCAUUUCAUGUUUCUAUGGCGUGGACCUAUGCCAAACUGUGAUUGCAGUUCCCCUGUGAUAUUACCUCACUAUCAAAAGUUACCAAUUUCUUUCAUUCGAAACCUUCUUUUAAUGAAAAUGAGUCCUCUUGUUCUUUAGUAGGUAUAUGUGAAAUUUGCUGGUUUCUUUCACUGAAUUCUUAGUAACCAAGGACUUCUAGACAAUGUUAACUGUUGACAUUAUGCAUGCAUUUAGACGCUUACUUGAAACCUGCCUUUGUACAAAAGUAGUACUGUAGUCAUAUAGCUACAUUUGAGGAAAAGAACAUUUUAACUUAAUUGCUAUUCAGAUCAAUGUGAGCUUGCAACAGUAUUUGUUUAUAGCUGAAUUGGCUCUUUGAAAAAUUAGUUUGUGGGGUUUUAUUUUCCUCUUGUCUUCAACCUUACUAAAAGUUAGUGACCUAAAAUAAAACUUCUUAUGUGGUGAUAUAAGGAUAAAUUGAAAUCAUUUUUAAGUGCUCUAAAAAGUGGACGUUAAGGUGACCUCUCAUGCAUUUGAUCAGGGUGUUAAUGACAGAACUCAGAUCAGACUGGUUUUAGUAGCGUUCACUGAACUGUGAUAGUCUUAAUUCAAAGCACCAAGUAACAAACCGUUCUAAAGCUAAUUUGUAAGAAAAUCUGUGGAAGGCUGCUUUGGACCUGAGGUUUCUUGGAAGCUGGGAUGAAGCUGCAUUGCCAGAAAACACGUACAUGUAUUACUGGAAACUUUUUAUUUCCUGUGCCACUUUCAACAUCACUUUUUACCUUUUGAAGCAUACCACAGUUAUGUUUUUCCCAUGGUUUGUCUGUAGCAGGUUCUGUGACUUUCAUAUCUAGUUUUGUGUUACUUGCUUUAAACAUUACUUUGGCUUCAGUACCUGGUGCUGCUGUUUCAAAGCAGAUUGUCUUGGCUGCAUAGAAGGAUUUUCACUUCAUCAAAGCACACCUCAGACCCUCUGAGGGCUUCCAUUUUUAAGUCACAUUUACAAGACUGUAGUCAGUGAAUAUUUAAUUCUGUUUAUGGUUAAUACAGAAACAAGUAUCAGUCCAAACCCCACAUGGAAGGAAACGCAAAGCAUCUAUCAAUGGUCUUAUCGUUUAUAACAAAAGUUUAUGACAAGUAAUAGUAAUCACGCCAUGAGUGAGGAGCCUGCUGGCAUCUAAUCUUCAGUAUUACCAGCUCCAGUAUUUCACUGUUUUUUAUGGAAAGGAAGUCAGGUUUAGCAUUUAUUUAGCAUUCCAUUUUAUCCAUUACUCCAAUGUUUUAAGUUGCAUUAAAGAACAAAACCUAUUCACUUUUGUGGUCAGUUGUAUUUUUAAGUGAUCUUGAAAUAAACUGAUAAAAGCAAAUCAUAUAACGAGAACCUAGGCAUGUAAAAUUAUGUAGAGUCAAAUGUCUAUUCUUUUCUACGCUCUUUAAAAUAGUAUACAUAUGCAUUUUAUAAAAUGAAAUGAGUUCCAUCGGGAACAAUAGUUCUGUUUAUUCUGGCUUCUUGUGGGUCAUAAGAAAUCUGAAAAUGUAUGAUAUUGAUUGAGUUUAAGUACAGUAUUAUAUUUGAACUCAAUGAGCCACUGUCUGCAAUUUUGUAUAUGACAUAGUAUUUGGAAAGUCUAAAUCUUUAUGGAAAAUUAGCUGAUAAAGGGUUGGGGGGAGGGCCAGGGGAAGGUGCCCCCAGAGGGGGAAGUUUGCUCUGCAGAUGAUGUCUUAUUUACUGUUGAACAACAGUUGCUAUUUAUUUUUUUAUUACAUAGUACAUCAACGUGUACAGAAAUCAGACCUGGUCAUGCCACUAGUUAAAAUCUUGACUUCUCAUUGAAUGUUAAGGUAAAACAUCAGUACACAUGUCUAUUCACAUGUAUUUAAUGUGACAGUUUUUGAGUACUGUAUGUGUUAAUUUCUACUUUUUUAAUAUUUAAAAUUGCUUUUAAAUAAAUGUAUUCAGUUGAUCCCA